CAAGAAACAGAUUGAUGGGAGGUUAUAUCCCAUCUUUGUUAGUUUUUGGGCGUACGGUAGGAGACUAUGGUAGAGUUUCCAGAGGAAGGUGGAGACUUUGGGUAUUUGGGUGGGGUUCCAUAUGAAGGACAUUGCAGGUAUGGGUGGGUUGUGGGGUCUUAGGUUCUUUGUUGCAAGUUUAAUGCUGAAGUCCAUUUCCCCAGUGUUCCAUUUAACUGUGUUGUCAGCAGUGAUGCCUAAUCCAUCUGGCCCUGCUGCACUGUCAGCUUUCAGAGCCCAGACUGCUGUUUUCACUUCAUCUUCUAGGGGGAGUUGGGUAAGAAGGAGGUUAUCCUCUAGGGUUAUGAGGGAAGGGAUGUUGAUGGUGAAGGAAUUAUUGAGAGAGUAUAGGUAUUCAUCAUGUGCUGCUAGGGUUAGGUUUGCUCUGACAGCAUUCAUUGUCUCUCUGUUUUCAGGUGUUGGGAGGACCAUGCAUUCCUCCACCUGUGUAUCUGCCCCAGUUUUCUUCAACGAGUUUGUCAAAGGAAGGGUGGUUGCUCCAGCAGUUGAGGUGCUCAGAGGAGAUGCUACUGAAAUUGCUGGCUAGAAUAUGGGGAAGUCUGUCUAUCUUGGAGUAUUUGCCAUAAACUGAUGAGUGGAGG